CCUUGUGUCUGUGUCGAGGCGUCGGGAGGGCCUAGGUCCGUGCGCGGCGCCCUUCGGCCGGCCUGAGCCCCAGAGUCAGCUCCCCUUGCUCGCCCAGCGCCCCCAGGCCGCUCCCGGGGCUCACGCUUCAUGGACCAUUUCGAAGGCUUUUGAAAACGAGCUGUCCGGUGGAUGUGGAAUAGUACAGAAACAGAUAUCAGAAAACAUCUCCCAGGACAGAAAGGAGAGCAUAGACCCUGUUCGGAUCUAGUCAGGUCCCUGAGCCUGAAUGAUGACUGCUGAGUCGAGGGAAGCCACAGGUCUAUCCCCCCAGGCUGCGCAGGAGAAGGAUGGCAUCGUGAUAGUAAAGGUCGAAGAGGAAGAUGAGGAAGAGCACAUGUGGGGGCAGGACGCCAGCCUGCAGGAGUCUCCUCCUCCGGACCCAGAGAUCUUCCGCCAGCGGUUCAGGCACUUCUGUUACCAGAACACUUUUGGGCCUCGAGAGGCCCUGAGUCGACUGAAGGAACUUUGUCACCAGUGGCUACGACCAGAGAUAAACACCAAGGAACAGAUCCUGGAGCUGCUGGUGCUGGAGCAGUUCCUUUCCAUUCUGCCCAAAGAGCUCCAAGUCUGGCUGCAGGAAUACCGUCCUGAUAGUGGGGAGGAGGCUGUGACCCUUCUGGAAGAUCUGGAGCUGGAUUUAUCAGGACAGCAGGUCCCAGGUCAAGUUCAUGGACCUGAGAUGCUCGCAAGGGGGAUGGUGCCUCUGGAUCCAGUGCAGGAGUCCUCGAGCUUUGACCUUCAUCAUGAGGCCCCACAGUCCCAUUUCAAGCAUUCAUCUCGGAAACCCCGCCUCUUACAACCACGAGCUCUCCCUGCCACCCACGUUCCUGCCCCUCAUCACGAGGGGGGUCCCAGAGACCAGGCGAUGGCAUCUGCACUGUUCUCGGCAGAUUCCCAGGCAAUGGUGAAGAUCGAGGACAUGGCCGUGUCCCUCAUCCUGGAGGAAUGGGGAUGUCAGAACCUGGCUCGGAGGAAUCUCAGUAGGGACGCCAGGCAGGAGAAUUAUGGGAACGUGAUUUCCCAGGGUUGUGAAAACAGGAGUGAAAAUGAGGAGUCCACCUCAAAGGCUGAAGUUGCAGAAGACUCAGCAUCACAGGGGGAGACCACAGGAAAAUUCCAGAAAGAUUUUGGAGAAAAACGUGAACAGCAGGGCAGAGUCAUAGAAAGGCAGCAGAGAAACCCUGAGGAGAAAACUGGAAAAGAAAAGAGAGAUCUGGGGCCAGCUACAGUCAAGGAAAAAAAAACCGGCACAGGAGAGAGAGGUUCAAGGGAGAAGGGUAAAGGACUGGGAAGAAGCUUCAGUCUGAGCUCAAACUUCAACAACCCUGAAGAAGUUCCGACAGGAACGAAGUCCCACAGAUGUGAUGAAUGUGGUAAAUGCUUCACAAGGAGUUCAAGCCUUAUUCGCCAUAAAAUAAUCCACACUGGAGAAAAACCCUAUGAAUGUAGUGAGUGUGGGAAAGCCUUCAGUCUCAACUCAAACCUUGUCCUGCAUCAGCGAAUCCACACAGGAGAGAAGCCUCAUGAAUGUAACGAGUGUGGCAAAGCCUUCAGUCACAGUUCAAAUCUCAUUCUGCAUCAGCGAAUCCACUCUGGGGAGAAACCCUAUGAAUGUAACGAGUGUGGGAAGGCCUUCAGCCAGAGCUCAGACCUCACUAAGCAUCAGAGAAUCCACACAGGGGAAAAACCCUAUGAAUGUAGCGAGUGUGGGAAAGCUUUCAACCGAAACUCAUACCUUAUUUUGCAUCGGAGAAUUCACACCCGAGAAAAGCCCUAUAAGUGCACGAAGUGUGGCAAGGCCUUCACCCGGAGCUCGACCCUCACUCUGCACCACAGAAUUCACACCAGAGAGCGAGCCUCUGAGUACAGCCCCGCCUCCCUUGAUGCAUUUGGAGCGUUCCUGAAAAGCUGUGUGUAAAGUGAGAAUUUGUCAAUAAGCCGUUUCCCCCUUUCAUUUCUAAAAUUAUUUCAGAGAUGUGUGCCCAUGGAGGGAAAAAAAACAGCCUCAACAGGUUUAAAAAAAAAAUCGCACUUAGGGAUCCUUACAGUUACAUCAGCAGUGUUCUACCUUUGCCUAGUCUGUGGGCGUGUAAUUCUUCCACAGGCCCUGCAGGGAAACCUCGUCACAGGGAUGAUUCACACAGGAUAGAAGCGCGUGUGCGCACAUGUGUGCGCACACACACAACAUGUCAGGCUUUUCGGUAAUGAGGUUACCUUUAAGGCGCUCAUGCACUCUCCGCAACCACAGUGUAUAACUGAAAGACCAAGAUCGGCUCCGUGAAAAUGACACUGAGGUUCAAAACCUGCUUGCUGCAAACACACCCUACUUGGCCAACAUCUUGCUGAACCUUAUUUCUCAAAAAAGAAGGACAGUUUGAACAAAAACUACAUCAGGACAUGCUGCUCAAACUAGUUCUAUGUGCACAGUAAGCUAGAUAUGGUCACUGGUAGCCUACCAAAGCUGUAGAAAUCUAGGACUGCACUCAUCAGUAGCAAACCAAAGAUUUCUAUCUCUUCCCAAGAGAGAGGGUAUGUGCAUCAGUCUACAGUUCCAAAGGACAGCCACAGAUGUAGACGGUUCCAUCCUCAUGACUGAGAUAAAUCCUACUGAAAUGGCAACCGUGGUUCAAAACACCUCUCCCUUCGCGAAAUCCCUGAAUUCCCUAAGGCACUAUCGCACUCCCAGAUGCAUUUCUCCACAAGUUAGCACUUGAUCGUAUACUGUAUUUGAAUCCUUCGUCGUUCUGUGUGUGCAACUUUUCAUCACUCCCCAAAAGAGAUGCUUCUCUUGUCAGGGAUAUAUUUAUAUCCCCGACAGCCCUGAACGCAGUGCCGAACACGUAAGAAGCACUCAUUAAGCCUGACUUCUAGCAGGACUUUUACAUUCUUCACAAGGCCUGUGAGUCACAAGUACCUGAAAUACAGUAGCCUGGCUCGGGUUGUAUGGGAAACCUUUUAGAGCCUGAGGCAUGGCUAAAGCGCUAGGGUCUCAUGCUAUUUUUGUCCUAAAUAUAAAAGAAAGGUACCGGUUAGCAGCUGGCAUAGACUUAUCUAGACACAGAUCAGAGAGUAAAUACCAUGCAGUGUCAGAAACAACUUUGUUUCCUCAUCUUGAAGAAAAAUGUGAACACUAAGGCAAAGAUGGCAGAGAUUCUAACGAGUAUUUCUUUGGUCAGCUGUUGAGCAACGAUUAGGGCACUUUCUGAAUCAUUUGUAACUAAAGUUCAGAAGAUGUCAUUUCUGUUGCAUUUCAGAAAAAGGAAUAUUGGAGAGAGCAUUUUUUUCCCACACCUUCCAGAAACUUCGAAAAAACACGUGACAUCGAUAGCUGUCAGUUACUAAAUGUGUCUGUUGCUCUGAGAAACUCACCAACGUACUGAGAUGUGGUUGGUUGUAUUGUGGUCAUACCCACAGUAUCUUUUCUAUCUUUCAUCACUAAAGACUGAAGUGAGAUUAUGAAACUUUGAUCUUUCCCAUCAUCUGUGCAGGAAGAUGCAUUAGCUUCUAGAAGCUAAUGCCAGACCAUUUUCAGAUACACACACAAGAGACCCAAGAAGUGUGAGUCACAUAGAAAGUCAUCAGGGCCUUGGGCAGAGGUGACUGCUCGUGAGAGCAUGCAAAUGAUUGUGGACAGCCCUGCAGGAACCUAGAAACAGAUUAAGAGCACACCUGAAGACAAACCCUGUAACAGGGACUCCCCCCACCUAGAGUUUGAGGUUUUCUGUCAAGAACUAAAACUCAUUGGUCACUGGUUCGCUAACCAACAACCCAAGCCUGUGAGACAGUGUCAUGUUGUGGAGAGCCAUGGAGGUGGGGGCAGCUGUGACCUCAGCUCUGGGCCAAACAGCACUCAUUUUCCGGCCUCUCUCUAUAACUUGGACCAAUUCCAGCUUCCCUGUAGCUCCUAAGCAGCUGCAUCGGUGUUGCCUGGGGGAUCUUCAGGGAAGUCAGCUGGUGAUCAGAGUAUUCUGUCCAUCUGAUUUAAGAAAAACAGGAGAGAUACUCCAGAAGAGCAAACCUAAGUAACUUUUUUAUAGUAAAGGAAGGUAGAAGAAAUGCUUCUAGGAAUUUUCUUCAACGAGUAAGACAUAGUGGUGGUCACGUAGAAAACUGCUGCUGCUUUUGAGCAAAGACUUGCUGCCAGGAAGCAACCAAAAGCAGGUGCUCGACUCCAAACACUGAUCUAAGCACCGUCUGUUAUGAAGAGGGAAAGAACGUUGGUCAGGUCCACAUUGGUCUUUUUAGGCCACAACUACAUGUUGACAUAAUUCAGCCAUUUUUUUUAAACGGAAGUUAACUAUAACCUGUGCCCCCAUAUUUAAUUCCCAUUUUCCUGGGACAUCGUACUGACUGUGGGAUGGCCACGGGGGUUGCUCCAGAUCUUCAACAGACAGACUCCUUGAAGCAGCUCUUUGAAGAUAAGUUCUGAAGAAAACAGGCUACCGCUGUUGAUUAAAACCAUUUGCAUUGCAUUCAUUUAUCGGCUGCUCAGCACAGAGUAAUUGGGUCAUGGUCCAAAAGGCUUACAACAUCUAAGUAAGUGCUCAGGAUAGUCAUUUCAUGGUUCUCUACUGGCUGACGUCUGUUAACAGUUUAAGUACUCUUAACUGUUAGCAUGCUCGUUGACACAGUGGAAGUUUUUGAGAGGUUUUUAAAAAAAUAUACCUUAACCUUGCCAGGAAGAGAAGUAAAAUUCUUCAGUUUGUGGGGCAUUUGUUUCUACUUCAUCCUGGCAGGCAAGGCUAAAGCCUAAGACUACAGAUGUGUGAGGCAUCUUGAGAUGUAAGGCACUUAGUAUUUUAUUAAAGGCAUAAAAGUGAAACUGUGCUAAAUACUCAGAGGUUGACAGGUUUGAUCCGUAAGACAACUCACAUCUUACCUGGCAUCAGAGAAUUAUUUCAGGAAGGAACCUCUUGAAUGUGAUAGAUGUGGCAAAGCCUUUAAUCACAUCUCAGCCCUUAGCGUCAGAAUGCUCACAUUGUAAAUAAGCAUUAUUAAUAUUAUAUGUGAGGAAAACUUUCAUGUAUAGCACUCAUUGCUUUGGACAGAAAAUGAAUUCCAUCAUUGUGUUCCAAUCAUGUAAUGAAUUUCAGAAACACUGCAGAGGAAGCGCAGUCUUAACUCCAGAGGAUCCACAGAAGGAAAAAAAAAGUGUGGGGAAAAGCUAAAGAAGUAGCAAAAUGUACAACUUCUGACAAAAAUUGUUAAUGUUUGGUACUUCUAUAUAUUUUGUAUGAUGAUAAUGUGAGUGUCUGUGUUUUGUACCUCCAGCCCCUGUUAUUCUGUAUAUUCCCUGUAAACAGAUCAUGUAUUUUUAUUUUAAUCUAUUUGACAGAACACAUCACUCCAAAAGAGCAAAGUUUUGGAGUGAGUCGUGAAGUUGAUGUGGUCAUAGACGAAAAGUCAGUUCACAGAACUGCGGAAGGGGAAAAUGAGAAGAAAAAAAAAACCUGCAUAGUUUGGUGCUUAUCAAGCCAAGAGCUUAGGAGAUGAGUAGAUUCGUUGGGAGAGACAGGUGAUAGGGCACUAAAAUGGAACUGUUCUGUAAACAUCUGCAACUUCCCAGGAGUGUUCUCUUCAAAGCCAGGAAGUUGACCACUUAGCUGCCAGAUCACCGUUUCAAGCAAGGAGAAUGGGUUCUCUGAGCUUGUCAGGGAGGAAGAAGGUCUGCUCCAUGAAUCAAGAGGAGGAAGUGUACUAGCCGGACCAGUGGGACCACUUACCUUGACCUGAUGCUGUAAAUCGUAGUCCUGCUUCCCCCACUGAGUGUUAAAUCUGUGCUUACAAAACUUGGGCUAGGAAUACAGCAAGAUGGGCUCGUGCCUGGAGAACAAAUACAGAGGCAUCCAGCUCCUGGCAUUGCAGGAAGGCUUGAGAAGCAUUUUGCAGUAUUCCCUUUGGCUGUCUCCUGUGUACCUUCCCUGCUCCCACUCACUUCCCCUGGCCUGUGAUUAUUAGGAGAGAGGGCUUGUGAAGAUUCAUAGCUGGGAAAGAACUUUUUUCUGAUUUUUAUCCUAGAGUUGAUCACCUUUUAUUGCAGGGUGUAGUCAUCCUGACAUACUCAUCAAAAACUGGCUAGCCAGGUUCAUCGUACCAUCCUCACGGAACAGUCAUCGUGUGAAUUGGGGUAACAGUAUUAAAACGUAGUCAAACCAUGACAGCAACACUUGCCAGAGGAGCCAUGUGUUUGUGGGUCCCUCUCUGUGCAACUUCUCGGAAAUAGUGAUGAGGGGGCUAUGGUUCCCCAGUUGGGAAACCAAAUGAAGGUCUGCAGCUUGCAAAGUGAAACAUAGAAUCAGAGAAAAGGAAAUUAAGUGGUAUAAAUAGAUCUUUUCGUAGAAGUUAGAGUAGAUUUUUAUUUCAACUACUACUGGAGAAUAUAAUAAAAAGCAUUAUUUGAAAAGUUUCCCUAACAUUUAGGUUUCAUUUUUAGAAUGGACACACUACUGUACAUUGAAAAGUAGUUAUUUUACUAUUCAAAUGAAUUUUUUAUUAUAUCUAAAAAUGAAAUUAUCUGUUUUACUUUUCAGAGCUUUGUAAAACAAACUUGAAGUUAUAGGGAGGUAAGCCAUCUCCAAUUCUGCAGGUCAAACAAAAGUUUGGGAAAUAUUUUGGACAUCUCAAUACAGAAUGUCUUAACAUGAGAAUUUAAUUUCAUAUUGUCUGUUUGUUUAAUAGUGGAUACCACAACCUCAUAUUUUUCUCAUCGUAAAACAGUGGAAGGUAAAGAGUGGGCAUUAGGUUGACUUCUGAACAAUGGUCUGCUGUUAUUUUAACAGGUUUUUUUUUCCUUUUAAUCGUUGAGAUUCUCACCUCCAUUUACUAAAGAAUCAUGAUUCACCUCAAAUUACACAGUAAUCAGCAAAGUUAAUUGGUCUUGAAAUUUUCUCCCUUCAGCAAGCACUCAUUAAGCAGGCUGAGUGUGUUAAGAUACAAAGAGUAAGUUCUGUGAGGGAUUGAAAGGGUUACUUGAAACUGGGGUUUCAUUCCAGUUUCAGAUGCGGUUUCAAGUUCCUUUUUUCCAAGGAAGGGACUGGGCAGCUGCAAUCGCCCCGAGUCGCUAGCAUUUAGUCUCCUGACAAGGUCAGGGAUACUAGGAAGGCGCGUGGGGAGGAGGGUUGUAGGGCCAGACUCCCAACUGCGGGAGAGCAGUGAGGAAGCCCGGCGGCGGAGGGGGAGAUAGAGACUGCUGCGCGUGUGUUGGGGGCCAGUGCUCACCUGCCUCGCCCCGCCACCCCCACUUCAGCCACUUAACCGAUUAAGUAAGGUCUGCGGCCGCUGCGAGCGAGCGAGGACAAAGCAUAUUAGAUUUACAGAUGCUUCUGGUUGCAGGGGUCCUUAGGUGAAAACAAAUAUGUGGGGGGCGGGGGGAAGCGGAUUGUGAUGACGCAGGAAAAUCUUGUUCUAAAAGUACAUGAGUUUAGGGGCAAGGGGUGGGAUAUGCAAGCAAAAUCAACGAUUAUUUUAAAAUGAACAUAUGUAUUUUUAUUAACUUUUAGUUAAAUAGAGAUUAUUACACCCAGGUCAACACAGCCUAAAUCUAUGUAGAGAGCUAACUCAGGCAUUGUCUUGUUUAUCUGUAGACUGGGUAAAAACAAACCUUUCCUGUCCUGUCAGUUCCUAGUUUCUUAGUUUAGAAUAAAUUAGAGCAAAAGAAGAAGCUCACUUGUCUUUGUAUACUGCAGAAUUAAGUUACUGCUGUUAAAACCUGGCCUUUUCAUUUCACUGGUCUUUGAAGAGUCCAGAUGCUUGGUAGAUAUUCAGUAAAUGAAUUUUUAAUUGAAUUUGUUCAUUUAAAAUCAUUAACAUUUCUCAAAAGGCUUCUUUCAGUAAAUCUUAGCGGAAAGGUGGUUUGUUUUUUUUUUAAAGCUAGGAAACUCCUCCAUUGAAAAUAGUCUUUUGAAACCUUGAUCGAGGACUAAAGUUUCAAUCGUGAGAAAUGGCAGCAAAAUAAAAUUGAUAACGCGUUUAUAGUCCAUGGUCCAUUUUAGGAGGCGGGUGGUGUCUGACAAAUUUUAGAGUAGUGAGCUUGGGGAAGGAAAUUGUGGGGAUUUGUAAUAAGUAUUCUCUUUAUGUUGUUUCUCUUCUGGAUCAUGGUAAAACAAUAAAUUAUCAUCUCUAAGUGGCAAUA